AUCAUUCGCCCGGUCACUUUCCUCUUUGCUCAUACCCGUACCCCCUCACACCCAUCAACAACAACAACAACACUUCGUCCUUUUUUAAAAGUUAACCCAUGGCAAAGAUUCCAUGAUGCAGCCAGCAAAUACACCGAGCAACGCAACGUCGGAGGUAGAUCCGUACAGCCCAGGAUGGAAUCAAGGACACAAUGCCUCCACUGCCAGCAUCCCGACCGCUCAUGCUAUGCCAGUAGAUUCGUCAACAAGCUCGAUCCCUUCUCAUUCCGAUUAUUACACGGGUCCACCACAACCAGGCCAAUUGAGCGAAGCAGAUCUAAUUGCCAAGAGAAAGGAAAAAGAGGAAAAGAAAAAGAAAGGCAUGGGUGGUGCUGUGGGUGGCGCUGCAGCCGUGGCAGGUGUGGCAGGUCUCAUGUUGGUGGGACCCAUUGUAGGCGUUGCGGCGGCUGGAGGAGCUGCCAUUGUGGCUGCCACCAACAAGGGUGCUGCUGGGUCAGCAUUGAGAGCUUCCGGUGUAGCAGCAGCUAAAGUGGGGUCAAGUGCACGGAAAUUGGAACAAAAAACUGGAGUUGUGAAAAAGUCAGCCUCGGGAAUCGCCACCGGUGUUGGAUGGGUAGCCGGAAAAAUCAACAAACGACGAUCGCAACGAGAAGUCCAGAGAGAGGCAAAUUCGCCAGCCACCGAUUUGACAUCUUAAAAUGUCAUACCGGUAUGUGAUUCACUGUUCAAGAAAACUCCUCGAAAUCAAUCCAGCCAUUAUCUCGGUGCUGCGAAAGGUGGCAUUUUGCUGUCUCUGCUCUGCACUAAUAAAACAACAAUUAACAGUGAGUGCGAGAUUUGAUUCGAUUCGAUUCUGCUAGGCGCAAUAGCCUAAAAUCGAGAGUACAAGCGCGUGGACAACAUUGGGUAUGAGAACAUACCAGUACUAA